UUUUCAUUUUUUUUUUUUUUUAAAUUUCAUAUCUAAUAGCAUGGAUUUUGCUCUCCACUAUCCCAAAAUGUUGUGUGUGUAAACUUGCAAAUUAAAUCAUUAUCCCUUAUUCAUACCUGCUUAGAACCAUGUGUUUUAUUAAUAUUUGAAAUAUUAUGAUUAGAAAAUAAGGAAUCUAAAAAGAGACUUUCACUUCGUGGGGCAACACACAAGCUGAAAGCAGAGGCUCUCCGAAGGUACAGGCUUAAGCAUGAUCAGGAGGAUGCAUCUGAGACAGAAUCUUCAUUGUCUGUCUCAGAAGAUUACAGGACUCAAACUCAGUCAGAUCAAUCAGAGGAGGAGAAUGUAGAAGUAAGAAGGAAGUCAAUGAUGGUUAUAGAAGCAGGAAAGAUAAACAAGAGUAAAGAUUCUUUGGUAAAUGAAUGCCAGAUAAGUGAAGCAGGAGAAAAGAAAACAGAGAAGCAGAAUAAGGAUGCAGAAGAAUCCAUUCCGAAAUUGCCAAAUGAUAUGUCAUUUAGAGGUGAUGAUAAAAAGGGGCCUUCAAAACAGAAUGAUUUGUCAGAUGCAAGGAAAAUUUGUCAACAGAAAUUUCCAUUGAGUAAAGGUGCAUCCUUUGAGGCAUCAACCAAUGAACUAGAUGGAGAAUUUGGCAAGUCCGAAGUAGAGGUGCUGGGAAGCAAAGGUUUGGAGCUAAAUGUACAAACUCCACGCAGUGAGUCCUUGAAUGAUGAAUUGAUGCGAAGAGGUAAGGAUGGAGGUCAGGAGGGUUCCCCGGCAGAGAAAACAGAACCUGAAGAGAGUGACAAGGUGGAGCCUCCUAUCCAAACAACAGAGCAGAGCAAAGACGACAGUCCAAAAAAGGAGGAAAAUAAAACUGAGGAGGUCAAAGAGGGACAAGAGUCUGGACCUGUAACAGACAAGGCACAAGAGGAAAAGGCAGAUGAAACACAGGACAAAACAGAUGGAGAGAAAAAGGAGGAACUGAAAGAAUCAGAGGGAGAGAAAAAAGAGGAACAAAAAGACCCAGAGGGAGAGAAGAAGGAUGAACAAAAAGAACCAAAGGGAGAGAAAAAGGAGGAACAAAAAGAACCAGAGGGAGAGAAAAAGGAGGAACAAAAAGUCUCUGAGGGAGAGAAAAAGGAGGAACUGAAAGAACCAGAGGGAGAGAAAAAGGAUGAACAAAAAGAUCCAGAGGGAGAGAAGAAGGACGAACAAAAAGAAACAGAAGGAAAGGGAAAGGAGGAACAAAAAGAAGCAGAGGGAGAGAAAAAGGAGGAACAAAAAGAAGCAGAGGGAGAGAAAAAGGAGGAACAGAAGCCAGCACAGGAGUUGGAUACCAAAGCAGGUGACAAUGCAAAAAAAUCUGAAGAAGAAUCAACUGAUAAACCAACAGAGGAAAAUAAAGCAGAAGAAAAAACAGCAGGAGAGAAACUAGAAUCAGCAGAUGACCAGAAAACUGAAGAAAAGGCAGAUAAGGAAAAAGCUAAGGAUACGGCAGAGGAAGAUACAACCCAGAAUGCCACAGAGGGAGGUGAAGAUGAUGAGAAAGAGAAACAAGCUAAAGAAGAAGAGGAAGAGAAAAAGAUACCAGAUGACUUUUUCUAUAACUAUGAAGACUUUAUCUCCCAGCCUCAGAUUACCGAAAAUUCAGGCUUACCUAAAGACUACUUAAAUCUCAUUCAUUCAUUUGGUUAUGAUUGUACAAAGCGUCAUAAUCUUCACCUCCUGGAUGAGAGAACGGUGUGUUUCGCUGCCGGAAACUACAUCAUGGUUCUGGAUCUACAAACAAAGGAACAGAAAUACUUUCGCAGCACCAGUGGGGGAGGUAUUGGUGCCAUCACAGUUCAUCCCUCCAAAAAGUAUUUUGCCGUUGCUGAAAAGGGAGAAUCACCAAACAUCAAUAUCUUUGAAUAUCCAUCACUGAAAUUACAUCGAAUUUUGAGGGGUGGAACAGAACGAUCAUACUCCUAUGUUGAUUUUAAUCCAAAGGGUGAUCUGCUGGCCUCAGUAGGAGGAGACCCAGAUUAUAUGUUAACUAUUUGGAACUGGAAAGAGGAGCAGACAGUAUUGAGGUCCAAGGCUUUCUCGCAGGAAGUGUUCCGUGUCACUUUCUCCACGGAGUUGGAGGGUCAACUGACCACAGCUGGUACCGGACACAUAAGAUUUUGGAAGAUGGCAGAUACUUUCACUGGCUUAAAACUGCAGGGAGAACUUGGAAAAUUUGGGAAAACGGAAAUUUCUGAUAUUGAAGGGUAUGUCGAACUUCCUGAUGGUAAAGUGUUGUCUGGGACAGAAACUGGAAACAUGCUGCUCUGGGAAGGUGGCCUGAUCAAAGUGGAGAUUGGACGCAAAGGAAAGAAAACAUGUCAUCAUGGAUCUAUUCAACAAAUCCUACUGGAUGAAGGAGAAUUGAUGACUAUUGGUACCGAUGGAUAUAUAAGGGUAUGGGAUUUUGAGAGUGUAGACACAGCUGAUGUGGCAGAUGAGUCUGGUCUUUUUGAAAUGGAGCCAAUGAAUGAACUCCGUGUUGGACAUGAUGUCCAUCUGAAGUCCAUAUUGAAAUCCACUGAUGCUGAAAAUGAGGUCUCAGUGUGGUAUGCACAGGAUGCAAAUGGAGGUAUAUGGAAGCUGGAUCUAACAUUUUCUCACACAUCGCAAGCUCCAGACAAGCUCUUUACCUACCAUGCAGGAGCCAUUACUGGUUGUGAUGUUUCACCUCUCACCCACAUAGUAGCCACCACAGGAGUGGAUCACACUGUCCGGGUGUUUGAUUUUCUACAAAAGAAACAGUUAUGUGAGAAGAGGUUUGCUGAUGCAGGAACUGCUCUGAUUUGGGCACCACAAAUUGUUGAUGCAAAAGCCAAAACCAUCAUUGCUGGAUUUAGUGACGGAGUGGUCAGGGUUAUGACCAUUUCCAAGGCCAGUGAGGACCAAGCACUCAAAAAACACAAACAAGACAUUGACCUUGACCUCGAACAGGUCUUCAAACCCCAUAAUAAGGCAGUUACCUCCCUUGCAGUGAAUGACAAAGGAGAUAUUCUCGCUUCAGGGGGUGCUGACAACACAAUAUUUUUCAUGACAAUUGGAACAAAUUAUGAGCCAAUAGGAUUUAUUGAGAUCCCAGCAGCUGUCAGACAGAUUCAGUGGUCCCCCUCAGCUUUUAAAAAGUCCACCCUCCUUGCCUUCUGUGAAGAUGGGCUUGUGCUGGAGAUUGAUUCACCAGAUGGCGCCACAUUUGAUACAUCUAAAACGUUCCAUAUCACUGGAUUACCCAUGAAGUCAUUCACAUUCAAAAGUAUCAAGUCUCGCUUACGUCAUGAAGAAGAACUGGAGAAGAAGAGAAUUGAGGAGGAGGAGAGGAAGAAAAAGGAGGAGGAAGAAAGGAGGAAGAGGAUAGAGAGAGGACUGGAAACAGAGUCUGAACAAGGAGAUGUGGAGGAAGAGAGAAAGGCACCAGAGCCUGAAUGGAAGCCUUACAUUCCAUCAGAACCAAGUCCAAUCAUGACUGGGUUCUACUCGGAGGAAGGACAAUUCUGGCUUUCCAUGGGAGGCUUUGACUCUGGAUAUCUGUAUGAAUAUAAGUUUAUGUCUGAAGGCCAGAGGUUGGCAUUACCGGAAGAAGUCCGAGAUGAACCAUUGCAGUCGAUUCCAGUAACAAAUUCCAAUGAUGUUCCAGUUACAUUCAUGCAGUUCAGUGGUAAUGGACGACAAAUUUUAUUUGGUAUGGAGGAUGGUAGUGUUAGAAUUCAGAGUCUGGAGAAGGAAUUCAAAUUGGACGAGUUUGGUCCCCACUGGAAGCUGAACUUGCAUGACAAUAACUAUGGACACAUUGUAAAACUGGGGGUCAGUCCAGAUGAAAAGAUGCUUCUGUCAGCUGGAGCUGAUGGCAACUUUUUCCUGUAUGAUAUAAUGGACCAAGAGAAGGUGGACCAGAAAGUUGCAGAAGCCAAGGCCAAACUUCCCUCAGCAAAGAAAUCUGGUGACCAAGUCAAUGUUGAUGAUAUUGAUGAUCCAAAUGCGUACAGUAUUGAAGAUGCAAAACAAAAGGCAGAACAUGAUAAAAUGAUGAAACUAGCAGAUGAGAAGAAGAAAGAAGUCCGUCGCCAGAUUGCCAAGCUGAGGAGGCAGUUCAAAAACAUACUGGAUCAAAACGAAGGAUUACCUGUCCACCUGCAACUGAAAAAAGAGGAAUUUGAACUGGACAGGGAAAUCAAACUUGAACUGGACAAACAGAAAACUGAUCGAAUUGAUUUGGUGAGAAAGGAAUUGGCAUGGGAGGCUGAAAAGCAGAGGAUUGCACUAGAAAAGCUCAGGAAGAGGUACAAAGAUGUAGUUGAAUGUGAAAGGAUAGUGGUGAAAGCCUUCAAAACUCCACAUGAAGUUGCAAGCUUUAGGGCUGCCAAAUUAUCUGAUGACUUCUACCAAAUGAAGGCAGAUUUUGAGAGAAGAAAAACCAUGACAAUGAUGAAGGAUGACAUCACCAGAGAUCCAACCAGAGACCUGCUAGGAGGUAAAGCGUCACACUUGGAUGACCAUACUGGAACAGGUGGGAAAUCAGGAGAUCAGACUGGGGCCAAAGUGACCACAACCCUGAAGGGCAGUAUGGGUGAGAGGAUCAACAAAGCUCUUCACAAGGUGGAGGAGAAAAAACAGAAAAGAGCUGCAAGGAGAGCUCAGUGGGAAGAAUUAUUUGACACAAAGCCUGAUGAUGACUACGAGGAUCCUGCAGAUGUUUCGGCCAUUAAAGAGGCCAAGGAUAAUAUGGGAGACUUCAAAUUGAAAACAGCCAAGAACUAUGUUGUACCUGAUCACUUAAGGAUGAAUGUGGAAAAGGCCAGGGGACGACUACUGAUCCUGAAAGAUCUGAUACAUGAGCACAAGUAUCAUUUCAAUCUUCGUCUGCUGAAAAUAAGAGACAAGAAGCUGGGUGUCAUUGAGGAAAUCCGAGAACUGGUGGCAGAGCUGAGAGAAGUCCAGGCUGGUCUUGACAAAGAAAAGCACAAGGCUAUCCCACCAAUCCCUAAAAUGUACCCCGAAGAAAUGCCAGAAAAGAAGUUAGAAUAUACAAGAGAAACCCUACUGGCCUUCAAAAAGGAAAUGGAAGUCAGAGCGAAAGAAGCCAAGGGUGGAGGUGGUGGGUUUGGAGGGUUUGGGGGAUUUGGUCCUGCUGACACGGCUAAGGACAAGGGAGGAUCACCAACCCCAAAACAUAGUACAAUAGUCAGUAACUCUAAGGGAGGAGAGGGUGAAGACUUGGAAGAAGUGGAUAUUUCUCCUCUAGAAAUUGAAAUGAAAGAAACCAUGGAAAUCAAGAUGAUCUACGAUCAAGAUCGGCUUCUGGAAAGAAUUCAGGAACUUUUGUUAAAUUUUGACGCUGAACUAAGACUGUUGCGCCACGACAAGUUUAAGCUGGAUAUAGUGAUGAAAAAUGCUGAUUUGAGGCAGGUAACUCUGUUUGAAGAAUUUGUUCUUCUAAAGGAGUACGAAAAGAGAGAGGAUGUAAUGGAAGCCAAGCUGUCUGGAAAACAACAGGAGAAACUGGAAAUGCAAGCUAAGAUUAUUGAGCUGCAAGGUAAGCAGGAAAUGAAGAAGAAGGAGAUUGAGAAGUUACAAGAGAGAGAGAAACAGUUAUAUGCCCAGUUCCAAGCCUCACUGGGAGACAACAAUAAAUUUGGUGACUAUCUGACAAAAGUAUUCAAGAAGAAGAUCAAGAGAGCCAAAAAGAAGGUCACAGAUGGAGAAGGUUCUGAUGAGGACAGUGAUGAAGAUUCUGAUGAUGAAUCUGACUGGGAUGAAGAUGAUGAAGAGUCUGAGGAAGAAGGGGGAUAUGACCUUGACAUAUGUCCACCUGGCUGUGAUCAGAAUAUCUAUGACAAUACUUGUCAACUGAGGGAGAAGAAAUUGGACAUUGAGGAAGCUCUUCAGGAAGAGAAGAAGAAUAAUGACACCUUAAAGAAAGAAAUAGAAAGCAACAACAAAAAACUCAAAGUUGUAGACAGUGCCCUCAAAGCUGCACAGAAUGACCUUGAGGCCUUCCAGUUAGAAAAGCAGGGGAAACUGAACGAGCUUGAUGUGGUGGUUACACUGAAGCUCCACCAGAUACAGUACAUGAUAAAUGGUGUGCUCCCCCAAGACCUGUCCCAGACUUUGGUGUUUGAAUCCCAUGGAGUUUCCAGACUACAGCACAGGAUCAAAGAGCUAGAACAUGAAAAACACUCGCAGAAGAAACACAUGAAGGAAUCAAGAAGAAAACAUGUACAGCUCAUUAAGGACAGAAAAGUGUUUGAUAGCAAGAUUUCAGAAAUGGAAGAACGCACCAAUGAAAUGAUGGUUGCAAAGUUUGGUAGAAUAGUGGAUUUAGAAAAGUUAGAAACAAUUACUGUUAAUAGGCAGAUUGAAGAGCUAAAAGAAAAACUACGUCUAACCGAAAUUCAAUGCGCAGAAGAAUUAGUGGUUUGGGAUCAAAAAGUAGCAGAUAAGAAAGCCAAAAUCACAGCACUCAUACGUGAUAAUACCAACAGACUAGACCAGCUAUGUAUGUUACUGAAUGAGAAAAAGUCAUUUGAAGGAGAAUUGGACUUCAGACAGAAGGACUCGGGCCAGGAGUUCACAGGUGCUAGGAAGGCAGACGUUAGAGAGAGACAGCGUUUGAUACAGCUGGUUCAGCUGCAGGCCCAGGAGAUUGAUGCUCUGAAGGAGGAAAUCAUGUUAUUAUCCAGGAAAGGAGGACACAUUCUGCCUCCUGCCCAGCCUCCUCUCCCCCAGAGUCCACCUAACAUGAGAGCUAUCAGCAACUGAUUGAAAUGCCGAUUUGUGAAACGAAACAUUUAAAAAAAGGAACUUCAUUUAAGCAUGGCAUAAAAUGAUGGGUUUUGGAGAAAUGAAAGCAAAUCACACAGCAUCUUAAUCUUAUUAGAUAUCAUAUGCUUUGCAAAGACUAAAUUAAGAUAUCUCCUUCCGUCCAUAUUGUGUCCUUGCAUUUACAGACUAUGAAGGACACAUGAUUUAAGUAGGAGUCUGUGUAGCCAUUCCAAGUUUGUACACUGUGAUAACAUUGUGUUUAACUUAUUCAUAUUUGUUAUUUACUAGUACUUUAUUUCAAAACAUCUGGAUUAUGAAAAAUGUGUAAUAUUUACCAAGUGUGCUUGAUUUAUUGAAUACACAAGUCAUAUCACUACAAAA